ACUCACUUUUUCAGAAUUAGCUAGCUAACGUCAGCUAGCUUAACCCAGCCUACCUCCCAGUUCAUACCACAGGCACCACUCAUUUGGGGACUAUUUCUGCUCGUAUGCGGCAUCAUACUGUUAGACUAGUAAGGGCUGAGCAUGCAGAGCCUCUUUCCGUUUGCUAAUGGGGAUAGGCCAAGAAUAGGCAAUGUAAACGGAACGAGGACUAGUUAGCACAACAACAACAACACAAACAGCAAGGGGCAGAACAGCUGAGCUGCGUAGGUCGGUCUGUAUAUGUUUCUGGUUCAUGUACAGCUGGUAUUUAGAGAUGAGCUGUGAGUAAUGGCUCAUUUUAUCCGUAAUGUUACACAUUAAAAUGUAACGGCAGCGUUGUAGUUAACGUCAGUUUAGAUACGCAGCCUGCAGGCCGCGUCUCAACAGAUUUCUAACUUAUUUGCUAACACGACAUACGUCAUGUAGCUACAGAAAAUACCUUCAUCAGUUCAUCUGAUUGGUAGCAGUACUGAUCUACCAGAUCAGAUCAGUUUCUGGAUAUCUACCCGUGUGUCUCUUCAAAUCAUUUCACUGGACCACCGUGUAUCACUCAGCCCCCACAAGCAGUGAACUGGGGUUUCUGCCAGCCAUGUAUUCAUUUUCAGGCCCCACAAGCCUUCCUGAAUUUGAUCUCGGACCUCCAAGUACACCUGGUCACCUACAGAGAGCAACACGCUCUAACAGCUGGGAGACACGAUGCCAAAGGAAGCACAGGAGGAGAGUUGAUGAUGAAGGAUGCCUUGCCAAAAGGAGGAGGUUGAUGGUGGAGGCAGAAGUGGACAUUUCACAAAGCCCCAGCACUAGCACAUGUCAGGACUGGCCUCCAAAAGCUGCCAACAGCUGUCCUCCUCUGUCUGCACAACAAGCCAGCCCGACACUUCCACAGCCCUGCCCAGCACCUCAGAACUUGACUUUGCUGCAGCCUUCCUCUGCCCUGUCCCGAACUGAGACAGAGAGCUCCUGCAUGGAGAUAGAGGCAGCUCAGAGGAAACUUCAGGAGAUCGAAAACAGAAUAAUGCUGGAGGAUGACGAUGAGGAUGAAGAUCUCGAUGUAGAGCCAGCCCCAAGACGGCCGGUGCUGGUGAUCUCAGACAGUUUAAAGGAGGGUCUACAGCGCGGCAUCAGUGACAUCCUCCCCCACACAGUAGCCCAAUCUGUGAGCCAUUCCUGCAUGGAGUUGGUGUUGUGGCGGCCACCGGAUGAUCCCUUCUGUCAGAGACUAAAGGGCUCAUUACAGAAACAGCGUAAACAACAGACAGUAUCUCGGCAACCCCCGACGCCGUGUCCAUCUCCGACCCCUCACAGUACCCUCAGUCCCUCCAGUCCACCUGUAGACACACACUCUCCUCUGUACAGUUUUCCUGCGACCCACAGCUCUGGAGAGGAAGACAUGGAAAUGUAAUAGUAUAUGCCAAAGCAGAAGACUGGACAUGUAGUCACAUUAAAGACUAUAAAGGACUCAGAACCACUUUAAGUUGGUCAGUUUGGCAAGGUGUGUUGGCUUUACAUGAGUAUUGUGCUGUUCUGGACAGUUUGUACAACACAUCGUCUGCUUUACAAUCACUUACUUUUGAUUUUCUGACUAUAAUCCCAGGCAACUACAAGUAAGAUGUUCAUUCAGUUAAAUCUCCAAGGCGACAGUCACAAUCUCAAGACCCUGAAAGGUUUUAUAGGCUGCCUUACAUAACCUGUUUCAUAUAACUUAUAGGAAUGACCUUUGCCCUUAGUAAUAAUAAUUUGUAUAUAAUUUUGCCAAAGCCUGGCCAACAACACACUGAUUUACUGUAAAUAUAACCUGUUCUUUGUUUGACAUCAGUGUGUCAUUGAAUUUUGUAUUUUUAUGUUCAGUUUUGGGCCUAGUUAACAGAACACUAAAUUGUUCCUGUGUGUUCACAUUUGCUCACAGCAUGACUUUCUGCUCGCAGUUGUACUUGUUGUGGUAGAAAGAUUAUCUUCCUAUAGUGCUUAGCAAGUACACCAUCUGUGAGCUUUGAGAGAAGUCAUGGAAAUGCACCUUUUAUGAUUUGAUUGUAUUUUCAUAUAUAUAUAUAUAUUACUGGAAUUGCAACCAGCCAUUGAGUGUUAUUACUUUAUAUUUGUUAUCAAAUAAAAUUUUACAUUGUCAAUGUAAAAAAUUCUACAUGG